GAAAAAUAUAUUGUCCAGAACCAAAUACUUGUUGAUGACUGAUGUUUGUAUUAUGGAGGAAUAGGGAAGCAGAAAUAUAAGAAAAUAUGAAAUAUUGUGACCAAUUCUCAAAAGCCACUGUUAUGUCUUUUAUCGCCAUGGUUACCAUAAACACAAGUGAAUUAAUGACAAAAUGUAAAUAGCAAAGCCAUUCGAUAACAUUGCAUCGUAGUAAUGUGAAAUGAAAGACUAAAUCAUGGGAAAGAAGAAGAAAAAGGGAGGUGAUAAGGAAAAGAAAGCUAAGAAGAAACCUGCAGCUAAUGAAAAGGAUAUAGUUUUCUAUGAGCAACAGAUUCUCGAUAAUAAUCGACAAUUAGCUCGGCUCAAAACUCGUAAUGAGUUUCUUGAGGGAGAAUUGGAUUCCUUAAAAGCUCAAUUAACUCGUCUAGAGGACGAUCGAUCUGAUGUUGUUGCACACUUGAAGAGAAUUCUGCAACAAAAAACUGAAGAAGCUAAAGAACUUGGCGAGAGAUUGUUAGCUAUGGAAGAACUUCGCAAAGAUGAGAAACUCGUGUUUAAAAAUAAAGAAGAAUCGAUGUUGCAGGAGUAUCGUAACAUGGAGACAAAUCUCAACGCAGAAGUAAAAUUAGUCUCUGGGAAAUUGAACGCCCUCGAGGAUUGGAGGAAUGCAAGAGCUGAAUUGACACGAAAAUUCGAGAUUCAAGAGGAGCAAAUGGCAGAGCAAGAGCAGAGACAUUGCGAAGCAUUAUAUGAAGCUGAAAAAUCAUUAGUAAUUGGAAAAGCCCAGAUGCAAAGAGAGAUGCAAGAGCGCUUGAACAACCUGGCCUUGAGCUUUCAGGAAGCUACAAAUCUCCGGAUGGCCGAUGGAACCCAACGAGCAAUUCGUGAAAACAUAGCCCUUAACAGCGAGCUAGACAAAACAUAUAAAAUUCGACAAGAGCUCGAGGAGAAAAUGCAGAUCUGCAAAGAGACUAACGAGAACACGAAACUGCGCGCAUCAUUACUCCAUGAGGAAUUGCAGAUAGCUUUGAAUAAAGUAUUUGAACAGAAUAAAUUUAUCGAGAAGAUUGCAGAAGAUCAUUUGAAGAAUGUAUUACUCCGAACUGAAGAACAAAGAAUUAAUUAUUUGGUGGACACAAGAAAUCAAUGGAUGGAAACGUUGAGAGAUAGACAGAUAACAGCAGACACUGCAGCCAGGAAAAUCGACAAAACUAUUUUCGAUGUUGAGAGAGAAACGACAGAUAUUUUGGACGAUGUGCGGGAUAAUCAGCUACGAAUUAAGCAAUUGAGUAAUAUUCUACAGUCUGUGAAAGGCGUUAUAACACAAUUAUCAGGAGAAAUUGGAGAUAACGAUCGAACUCCUUGUGUCGCCUGCGAUGGCAAUUUUAAGACAAAACUUUUGGAAAUUUAUACGAUUUUAGAAAACUCGAAUAUAACGAAAAUUCUAAAAGCUUGAGUUGAUUUUUUCUUUCAGUCUUUUUUUACUUUCGACUUUUUUGCAAUUGGAACCAUUGUUUUGUUUCAUAUUGAUUGAUAAGUUUUAUUCCUAAUAGUGGAUUGCAUUAUUUAUAAAUAAUUAGUUAUUCAGUUUAAUAGUGGAGAUUUUCCAUGGAACGUUCUCUUUACAAUAAUUUUUUCAU